AAUCGAUCCACAAUAAAUUAUACCCUAAAGUCCUUUCUUCUCUUGUGAGUUCCCUCCUCCUUCUUCUUCCCAGUCUACCAUGGAUUCUGCCUAUCUUCGCCAAGUCUCAGUUUAUCCACAGCCUGUCACCAACCAUGGAGUCCUCGCUUCGAUCCAAGAAAACCCACCUCCCAAAUCCGCUGAGAAAACAAAAAAAGUGGCCGAGGAGGGCGAAAUCGGUGUUUUCAACGCCGAAAAAUACUUCAGCAUGAAGUUAGACGUAGACGCCGUCUCGGCGCAGAGCGACGCCCUUUCAGGAAGAGACGAGCAAGAAAAUCCGCCAUGGAUGAGAUCCAGGAGCAGGCCUGCGACUCCGAGCGUGAGAUCUGAAUCAAGUUACAACAGCCAAACCCUUCUGUUGAGAUCAAGCUCCAUGAUCACGAACAAGCCUCACGCUAAGCAGCGGAAAACGAAUGAGACGAGCAUUUCUUUCGGCGGGUUUAGAUGCAACGGCCCUUGCUCCGGUGGCAAAUCUGUUAAUACAGACCGGAAAAUCACUGCCCACACGAGAAAAUCUCAUCAUGGUUCUGUAACUUGCGACGCAAGAAAGCGUAUCGAUCUGGCAAGACUCCGUUUCGAAGCCCAGAAAGCGAAUGGCCAUGGCCAGAAACCCGAAGAUUUCUUCCCUGUGACCGUAAAGAAGGCCGAUAUCGCGAUGAAUCUUGAGAGAAAACUCUCGAUGCUCACAUGGGACGCGAUCCCUAAUGCGCCAAACUAUCUUGCAGCCUCCAAGAACAAUACCAGCUCUUCAAUCAGCAGCAAAACGCAGGAAGACACGGCAAGUGAUACAAGUUCUGAUCUUUUUGAGAUCGAUAAUAUAACCAACAGUGCUUACGAGCCGAGCGAGGCGAGCGUGGUUUGGAGCGUCGUCACGGGAAGUGUGGCCGAUCAAUCGAUUAUUUCGGAUUUCGAAGUAAAGAUGUUGCCGGAAACCAGACGGAAAAGUUCAGCUCCGGCGACAAAAGCCAAGAUUCCGGCGGAUAAGAGCCGUUCCGGUGGGAUAUUGUCAGGUUGUAAGAGCCAGAAAGCUGUUUCAGUGGUGGAAACUGCUUACAGGAAUGAGAAGCAAGCAAAGGUUCAUCGGAUUAGGAUCCAAGAUUUGGAUUUCCUGUAAAAAAAAAAAAUGUAUGUCCUUAAAAUUUACAAUAUGAUGGCUUUAUAAUUUCAUGUGUUUUACCCUUUUGUUUUC